AUGAGGCGCUGCCCGUGCCGGGGGAGCCUGAGCGAGGCAGAGGCCGGGGCGCUGCCGGGAGCGGCCCGCAUGGGGCUGGAGGCGCCGCGAGGGGGGCGGCGGCGGCAGCCAGGGCAGCAGCGACCUGGGCCCGGCGCAGGGGGCCCGGCGGGGCGGCCGGACGGGGGCGGGCCCCUGGCCCGGCCCGAGGGGUCCAGCCUCCACACCGAGCCCGAGAGGGUCGGCCUCGGGCCUGAGCCGGGGACAAACGGACAGGUUGAGCCUGAAGCAGCCGGCCUCGGAGCGGAGACAGAGCGGCGCGGCCAAAAGACGGAGCCAGACAUAUCCAGCCUCCGGACAGGUCCAGAAAAGAGCAGCCACUGGUCAGAGCUGGAGACAGCCGGUCCCUGGACGGAAACUGGGACGGAUGGGUUUUGGACUGGUCCAUACAGGUCUGACCUCCAGUCUCAGCCAGAGAGGGCCAACCUCCGGACGCAGCCCGGAGUUGAUGGGCCCUGGACAGAGAUAGAAAUACAUGGGUCACAGACCCAACCAGAGAGGACCACGACCUGGGCUGAUAACCUCUGGACCCAUAAAAACAGGUCCAGCCUCCGGACUCAGCCAGAGGGGGCUGGUUCCUCAACAGAGCCAAGUGGUGAUGGCUCCCAGAUACAACAGGAUACGAAAACAGCCUGGGAACAGGUUGGCACUGAUGGUUUCCCAACAUGGCAAGAUACUGUUGGCUCCUGGACAUGGCCUGGCACUGAUGGUCCCCAGACACAAGAUACUCAUGGACCCCAGACAGAACCUGGGACAGACUGUUUUUUGGGGGAGUCCCAGCAGGAUGGCCCGUUAGAGGAACCAGAAGCUGGGGAGUUGGGGACUCACCUAUACUCUCACCUGGAGUGUAGCUCCCUGACUCCUGUGCCCCGCCUCAUCAUCACUCCUGAAACACCUGAGCCUGAGGCUCAGCCAAUGGAGAUGGGACCCCCCUCCCGGGCUGAGGGGGGCAGUGGCGGCUUCUCCUCUGCCUCUUCUUUCGACGAGUCUGAGGAUGAUGUGGUGGCCGGGGGCAGAGGUGCCAGCGACCCUGAAGACAGGUCUGGGAACAAACCAUGGAAGAAGCUGAAGACGGUUCUGAAAUAUUCGCCCUUUGUGGUCUCCUUCCGAAAACACUACCCUUGGGUCCAGCUGUCGGGACACGCUGGGAACUUCCAGGCAGGAGAGGAUGGUCGCAUCCUAAAGCGCUUCUGUCAGUGUGAGCAGCACAGCCUGGAGCAGCUGAUGAGUGACCCCCUGCGGCCUUUCGUGCCCACCUACUAUGGCAUGGUGCAGCGGGAUGGCCAGGCCUUCAACCAGAUGGAAGAUCUCCUGGCAGAUUUCGAGGGCCCCUCCAUCAUGGACUGCAAGAUGGGCAGCAGGACCUACCUGGAGGAGGAGCUAGUGAAGGCCCGAGAAAGGCCCCGGCCCCGGAAGGACAUGUAUGAGAAGAUGGUGGCUGUGGACCCCAGGGCCCCCACCCCUGAGGAACAUGCUCAGGGUGCUGUCACCAAGCCCCGCUACAUGCAGUGGAGGGAGACUGUGAGCUCGACCUCCACCCUGGGCUUCCGGAUUGAGGGCAUCAAGAAGGCCAGUGGGACCUGCAACACCAAUUUCAAGAAGACCCAGGAGCUGGAGCAGGUGACAAAGGUGUUGGAGGACUUUGUGGACGGGAACCAUGGAGUCCUGAGAAAGUAUGUGGCUCGCCUGGAAGAACUCCGAGAGGCUCUGGAGAACUCCCCCUUCUUCAAGACCCAUGAGGUGGUGGGCAGCUCCCUCCUCUUCGUGCAUGACCACACUGGCCUGGCCAGGGUCUGGAUGAUUGACUUCGGCAAGACAGUGGCCCUGCCUGACCACCAGACGCUCAGCCACCGGCUGCCCUGGGCCGAGGGCAACCGCGAGGAUGGGUACCUCUGGGGUCUGGACAACCUGAUCCACCUCCUUCAGGGGCUGGCCCAGGGUUGA